CUGCGCCACUUUCCUGCGUGUCCCCAGCUGCCACCUGGGUGUGUUUGUCACCCUAAAUGCCCCUGGAGUGUCCCUGGAGUGUCCCCAGAGUGCCCCCAAGGCGUCCCUGGAGUGUCCCCAGCGGCCAUGGAGCCCCGCGAGCUGUCCCCAGCCCUGCUGAAGCCACAGGUCACCGUGGUGGCCAUCCUGGGCGAGCUGCUGGCCACCCUGCGUGGUCUGGACAUGAUGCUGCCCGCCGUGAGGCUGUCCCUGAGGUGCCUGUCCUGGGACCUGGAGGAAUUCACCGAGGAGCUCCGGGACAGCCUGUGCUGCGUUAGUGACACCUGGAGGCGCCACACUGUCCCCUCCGAUGAUGAUGAGUCUCCCAUCUCCUAUGAUAAUGACUCUGUCACCUCCCUGAGCCGGGCCCUGGCUGCCUCCAAGAGCGCCCCAUGGAUCCCCCAGAACCGUGUGACAAUGGCAGCCAGGAAGUGGCAGGGGCUGGUGGCUGUGCUUGUGAACAGAUGGGCCCAGCUGGCCAUGGCAGCCACCAAGCUCCCCAAUGCCUGGAGGGAUUUGGCUACCAAGGCGGACGACAGGGUGGCCACUGCCACCGCCUGGGCCAGGGAGCUGCAGGACAAGGCUGCCAGUGAUGGGACAGCUCAGGAAAACAUGGAGGAGCUGGGUCAGCUGCUGGGCAGGGAGGAGGGGGAUGAGGUGGUGUCUGAGGAUGAAUCCUCAUCCGAGGAUGCAUCCUCAUCCUUGUUGGGGGAAGAGGUCGUGGAGGUUGCCAAAGCAUCAGCAGGGGCCAUGAUAGUGAGACAGCGGGUGGAGACAGCCCUGGGGCUGCUGGAGCGCUUGGUGGCCGCGUGUGACAAAGCCACCGCCUUCCCCCAGGAGCUGCAGCGCCUGCUCAGGGACAUCGAGGUUGCCUUGAAGGGGACAAAUGAAGCAUCCCCCAAAGUCCCCGAGGCCUUGGUGGCCAAGGUGGCUGUGGCCGAGCAGCUGUGGGAGGCCAACACCCGCCUCGUCAAGGAUCACCUGGGGGAGACACUAAAAGACAUCAUCAGGUUCUAUUUCACUGGUGCUCCCGCCAGCCGCAGUGCCUGUGGGGUGGCCGAGAGGUGCCAAAGAGCCAUCGAGGACAUCCCAAGGCUUGUUCAACCCCUGGAGUGUCCCCAGAGUGUCCCCAACGUGUCCCCAGUGAGCAUGGAGCCCCAAGAGCUGUCCCCAGCACCGCUGCAGACACAGGUCACUGUGGUGGCCAUCCUGGGUGAGCUGCUGGCCACCCUGCCUAGUCGGGAUGAGAUGCUGCAGCUCAUGUCCCCAAGGUGCCUGUACUGGGACCUGCUGGACUUCACCAAGGAGCUCCGGGCCACCCUGCACCGCUCUGAUGACACCUGGAGACACCACGAUGUCACCUCCAAUGGUGAUGACACUCUCGCCUCCCUGAGCCGGGCCCUGGCCACCUACAAGAGCAUCCCAGGGACCACCCGGAACCGUGUGACAAUGGCAGCCAGCGAGUGGCAGGGGUCAGUGGCUGCGCUUGUGAACAGCUGGGCCCGGCUGGCCAGGAAAGCCACCAAGCUCCGCUACACCUGGAGGGAGGUGGCCGCCAAGGUGAACACCAAGGCAGCCACCGCCACUGCUCGGGCCAGGGAGCUGCAGGACAAGGCUGCCCGUGAUGGGACAGCUCAGAAACAGAGGGUGGAGCUGGCUCUGCCCCUGUUCUGGGUGGAGAGGCCCAAGGUGGUGACUGGGCCUGAAGCCCAGGUGAAGAGAGCUGCCAGGGUGGCUGCCAGCGAGGCCACAAGGGCCACCAUGGUGAGACAGCGGGUGGAGGCGGCCCUGGGGCUGCCAGAGCGCUUGGUGGCCACGUGUCACAAAGCCACCGCGUUCCCCCGGGAGCUGCAGCGCAGGGUUGGGGACAUCGAGGCAGCCCUGAAGGGGACAAAUGAGGCAUCUUGUGAUGUCCCUGAGGCCUUGGUGGCCAAGGUGGCCGUGGCUGAGCGGUUGUGGGAGGCCAACACUCGCCUGGCCAAGGAUCACCUGGUGGGGACAGUUGACGACAUUAUCGACUUCUAUUUCACUGGUGGUCCUGACAGCCCCAGUGCCUGUGGGGUGGCUGAGCGGUGCCAAAGAGCCACCGAGGACAUCCCAAGGCUCCUUCGACCCCCGGAGUGUCCCCAGAGCAUCGCCCAGGUGUCCCCAGUGAGCAUGGAGCCCCAAGAGGUGGGACAGGGGGUGGUGUCCCCUCCACAGCUGCAGGUACUGGUGGCCGUGGUGGCCACCCUGGGAGAGGUGGUGGCCACCAUGACUGGGCCAGACAGGGGCAAGCUCCUACACAAGUCCCCAAACUCCCUGCAUGAGGGCCUGAGGAGAUUCACCCGAAACCUCUGUGUGAUCCUGGACCACGGCAGUGCCCUGGCUGCCCACAGGGCAACCCCGGGGACCACCUGGGCCAAUGUGAGAGCUGCAGCCAGUGCCUGGCACGAGCUGGUGGCCAGGCUCGUGGACAGCUGGGACUGGCUGGCCAGGGAGGCCACCAGGCUCUGUGAGAAGGUGGUCAUGGACCAGCAGCUGAUGGUGGCCCUGGACAGGGAGGAGGUUGCCUGGGAAAUGGCCACACACGAUGCCCAGGUGUCAGCAGCCACCAAUGAGGCCAUGGGAGAGGCUGUGGUGGCCACCAGGAGGGGACAUUGGGCAGUGGUGGCCCUGGGGCCGUUGCAGCGCUUGGUGGCCACAUGUGACAGAGCCACCUUGUUCAACUGGAACAUGGAGUGCCGGCUCAGGGACAUUGAAGCCAUCCUGAAGGGGAUAAAUGAGGUGUCCCCUGAUGUUCUCCAGGCCUUGGUGGCCAAGGUGGCCAAGUUUGAGUGGCUGUGGAGGGCCAGUGCCCGCCUGGCCAAGGAUCACCUGCAGGGGACACUUGGGGACAUCCACAACCUCCUCUUGGGUCCCUGUGGUGACCGUAGUGGCCCUGGUGGCCCUGGCAGCCAUGCAGUGGCCAAGCGGUGCCAAAGAGCCAUCGAGGACAUCCCAAGGCUGUGCAGGAAAGUUUCCCAUGGGAGCAGUGACAUCCUUGGGGACAUUGCUGCUGUCACCUGUGCCCUCCCGUACAGUAUUUGA